AAUAGAUUCAAAUCAUCGAUCUGUUGGUGUUCUCGAUGUCAUAUGUCUUUGAUGAUAUUUGACAAAGAUUGAAAGAGCUUAUUUUCUUUCAAUAAACACUGUAUACAUCUAAGUCGUCACUUCCAAAGAAUUAAGACUGCUGACAUGAUUAGAGAGGCGCUACUGCAAGCAGGACUUCAGGUUGCCGCAGUGAGGAGCUUCACCGGCGCCUGUCAGCCAUACUUUAAUUUCCUGGAAUCCACAGCCAGAACCAUGCAGCUGCCCCCUGAAAUGUAUGUACAGUUGAUGGAGUUCUCUCAGCAGAUGUGUGACACAUUGGAACAUCUGAUUCUGACCUUCGCCAGAACCAAUCUCCUCACCUUGGACGAGUCAGAGCCUAACAACAUGUCUCACUUCUGCAUCGGCCAAAUACGGCUCGACCAGCUCAGGCUGAGCGUGACCAUGUUCCGCUACUGUAAGCCCACGCCGUACCUGGCCAGGGUCAACACCGGCGUGUUUAAGCGCAUGCGCUGGAACGUGAGGGGACUCGAUGGAGAGAGCAAGCCUGAGACAGAGUAUUACUACCUGUGCUACGAGGAUACUCCCAACCUGUACACGGACGGUGACGACCCAGAUUCGGCAAUGGUGCGGCUGUGGUCCAUUGGUCAGUGGGUGCAGGUGAAGCCUGACCCCAACACGGAGGACAUCUUUGACUGGGUGCUUUGUGACGUUCCCGAGGGGGCCUUCCAGAAGCUGCUAUUUAUGGGCAGCCAAGAGCCAUCAAGCUGCACGGCCACAGACCACCUGCUGCAGCUGCUUCUUCAUCAGGCAUCUCACUUCAGAGGCAUCUCCCAUUCGAGAUGAGCUUGAAUGUGAUUGGCUAAUAGUGACCACAGCCACGUCCCCACUUCCAGGCAGGUCCAUAUAUAUAUUGGGACACCAGCACAAUGGAUUUGAAAUGAAAAAAAAAACAAACAAAAAAAAACACAUGUUGCUGUUAUUGUAGAUUUUCAGCUUUAACUUGAGGGUAUUUACAUCCAAACAGGUGAACUGUGUCAGAAUUAUAAGUUUAUAUGCACCUCCCACUUUUUAAAACACCAAAAGUAAUGGUACAAAUUAAGUCAUAUCAAAAUGACUUUUUAAUCCUCGUUUGCAGUCAAUUUCAACCUUUCGAAGCUGAGCAGCAAUUUGUCCCAUUUCAUUUGGUACAUUAAAAAGUGUGCGGUACAUAUAAAAACUUGUAAUUUUUACCCGAUUUGUUUGGAUGUAGUAAAUACCCUAAAAUUAAAGCUGAAGCUUGUGAUGAAUUGCAAUAUAGUGGGAAUAGAUAUAAAUGAGUAUAGGUGUGGAAACGGCAUAUUUAUUCCAAGCAGGUUGUGUGAGGUGACUUUGUGAGUCAGUAUCACCUUUCCUAUUGGCCACUGGCGUGCUUACCUCAUAUUUGGCUUUCAAACAUUGCCAACUUGUCCCUGAGUUUUCUGUCUGCCGUCAAAUUCCUGUUUGUAUUUGUUAUAUAGAGAGGGAAAAAAAGGCAGGUUGUUUAAGAAAUAAAAUAAAAUCUU